CGAGCCCCGCCCCAAUUUGUUCAUUUUCAGUGUUGCAGAAGAUCAAGUACGUGGAUCGACUGCAGUCUGACAGUGGCAAUUGUUGCUAAGUGAUGUACUGAGUACUGUGGGACAGCUCUCCAAAAGCAUAAUUAUUAGAGAAGUGUGAUCUGUAGAGUGGCUGUAAACAUGUUCAUGAUAAUUUGAGGGAUCAUAAUGUAUUCCUGUAAAGAAGACCCAGGCAAUCAUGAUCAUGCAGACAAGAAGAUCGAUGUGAACAUCCUUGUAGUUCCUCAGUCACAGUGGAAGACUGACCUCAGGCACGCUAAUUUGAGUACGUGCACAACGUCAAUAUCAGCGGGGUUUGUGAGGGUAUGCCCUGAUGUCACACUUGUUGACUUAAAGGACGAAGUAUCCCAGCAACUCGACAGCAAUUUUCUGCCAGAAAGUUACAUCUUCUUGCGUAAUGUUGGCCAUCGUCUUACAUUAGUUGGUCCAAAACAAGAGUCAGUGCUAAAAGUGAGGCUCUUUCUUCCUCCAAUUGCUCCAUGCCCGGAGAUUUACAUUCUGAAUUCAAGCUAUCUACAUAGCAACCAGGAGCUGCUGCCACCAGUCAAAAAUGUGAACGGAAAAAAAAGUUCAAUCGAGAAUUGCAACUGCAAUAAAAACAACUAUUGUGCAGGCCACUGUUCUAAUCCACCCUACCACCAUGACCACCAUCUCUGCUCUCGCACGACACCCAAUCUCUGGUGGGAAGAACGUUACCGUGGCACCGGCUGCAGCUUUCCCGUGCACAAUGACGCUCACAGCUGCUGCCAUAAUCCCACCGAUUACAUCGCUACAUCGGAGUUCUCACAACCUGGAAAGAGUACUAACAAACGUUUUCACAGCGAUACAUGUACUCCUGCUUCAUCGAGUCACGACCACUCUAAGCCGUUAAAAGAAGGUGCAUUCGCUAAGUUCAGAGGUACUUCAAAAACCUACCCUCAGGGUAAUGGCUCAUCACAACAAGUGAUUGAUCACCCCAAUGGAACACACACCAGUAGCAACUCCAGAUCUUCAUCUGACACUAAUGGCUUGUCGAAUUUAGGUUUGAAGAUGCAUGUAACAGGCUCUGCCACUCAGAGGUCAAAAACAGACAAUAGUGGAAAUUUGGAGCAGAAUGAUUUUACAUCCACAGUUUUGAGUCAAGGAAUGGCAAUUCAGAACUUUCACCAAUCAGCACCUACACUUACAAACCAAGAGGAACGAUGCUCAGACAGCAAGAAUGCUGGACCAACAGUGAGCAAGCAGAACAGCAAAGUUGGUUCUAGCAAUACUACCAAAACGAAUACCACAGAAGCUGAACUGUCUACAACACACAACCACUCUCAAUCUGGCAACUCACAUGAGUCUGAAAACAAUCAGGGUGGGAAACAAAGUGAGCAUUGUCAAGUCAACUCACAGAGCGACCCUGGUAUCUCCAUUGAAAGAAAAAUGGCUGAGCAAAGGGAACGCAAGAACACGUAUCCAAUUAUUACUUUAAAUCAGAAAGCUGAAGAGCCGGUUGGGAAACAAGGAAUCAAGCAUGGUCAAGUUAACUCACCGAGUGACCCGGCUGUCUCCACUGAAAGAAAAAUGGCUGAGCAAAGGGAACACAAGAAUACGUAUCCAACUAUUACUUUAAAUCAGAAAGCUGAGGAGCAGGGCGGGAAACAAGGAAUCAAGCAUGGUCAAAUCAACUCACUGAGUGAUCCGGCUUUCUCCACUGAAAAAAGAAUGGCUGAGCAAAGGGAACGCAAGAACACGUAUCCAACUAUUACUUUAAACCAGACUGAAGCUGGAGAGCCGGUUGGGAAACAAGGAAUCAAGCAAGGUCAAAUCAACUCACCGAGUGAUCCGGCUAUCUCCACUGAAAGAAAAAUGGCUGAGCAAAGGGAACGCAAGAACACGUAUCCAACUAUUACUUUAAACCAGACUGAAGCUGGAGAGCCGGUUGGGAAACAAGGAAUCAAGCAAGGUCAAAUCAACUCACCGAGUGAUCCGGCUAUCUCCACUGAAAGAAAAAUGGCUGAGCAAAGGGAACGCAAGAACACGUAUCCAACUAUUACUUUAAAUCAGAAAGCUGGGGAGCAGGUUGGGAAACAAGGAAUCAAGCAUGGUCAAAUCAACUCACCGAGUGAUCCAGCUUUCUCCACUGAAAAAAGAAUGGCUGAGCAAAGGGAACGCAAGAACACGUAUCCAACUAUUACUUUAAACCAGACUGAAGCUGGAGAGCCGGUUGGGAAACAAGGAAUCAAGCAAGGUCAAAUCAACUCACCGAGUGAUCCGGCUAUCUCCACUGAAAGAAAAAUGGCUGAGCAAAGGGAACGCAAGAACACGUAUCCAACUAUAACUUUAAAUCAGAAAGCUGGGGAGCAGGUCGGGAAACAAGGAAUCAAUGGUCAAAUCAACUCACCGAGUGAUCCGGCUAUCUCCACUGAAAGAAAAAUGGCUGAGCAAAGGGAACGCAAGAACACGUAUCCAACUAUUACUUUAAAUCAGAAAGCUGGGGAGCAGGUCGGGAAACAAGGAAUCAAGCAUGGUCAAUUUAACUCACCGAGUGAUCCGGCUAUCACCACUGAAAGAAAAAUGGCUGAGCAAAGGGAACGCAAGAAUACGUAUCCAACUAUUACUUUAAAUCAGAAAGCUGAGGAGCAGGGCGGGAAAAAAGGAAUCAAGCAUGGUCAAAUCAACUCACCGAGUGACCCGGCUGUCUCCACUGAAAAAAGAAUGGCUGAGCAAAGCAAGGACACGUAUCCAACUAUUGCUUUAGAACACAAGCAGCCAGAAGUAGCAACUCAACAAACCAUCAACGAGCCUAAUAAGACUAAUAAUUCCAGACAAAUACUCUCACAGGAGAAAAACACUAAUUUCAAACCGAAGUUUGAUUUCAAACUCGCCAAUGUUCCACCCCUACCACCAGCGAUUACAGUAACAGAGAGUAACAAAAUUGGAAAGAAGGAUCUGUUGUCCCUGACUAAGCACAAAUCACCCACUGGAGUGACUGAGCAGCCAAAAAACAAAGAGCCAAAAGUAGCAACUCAUCAAACCAUUGAUGAAUCUAAUUCGACUAAGAAUUCCAGAAGAAUAUUCUCACGAGAGAAAAAGUCAGAAAAUACUACAAUCAAACCAAAAUUUGAUACUGCAGAUCUCAAACUCGCCAGUGUUCCACCUCCUCUACCGGCAAUCACAGUAACAGAGCAUAAGAAAAUUGGGAAUAAUAUAGAUCUGUUGUUCUUGACGAAGUACAAAGGUUCGACUGAGGCUGGCUCUGCUACUGCUGCCUCUGAAUCAAUUGUGAACAAGCCUAGACCUUCAACUGCUGAAACCAAUGAUAUCUUGGGUGAGAUUAGAAGAAUGAAAGAAGAAAGUGAAGAAUUGCUUUCAUUGAAGGCAAAACUAAGUUCUGCUCUGAGAAGUAUACAGAUUGUCGUAAGAACGCAUAGAGAAAAACAUGGCAAUGAAUGGAAAAUCAAAUAUUUUCAAGAAAAGAAGAUGUCCACUAUCCUGGAAGAGAAGAUACACAGGACAAGAAAUGGCAACGAGAAAAUCAAGAAUGGGUUGGACAAGAUAAAAGCCAAGAAGUACACAAGGGCUAUGCAGAAAUUAACCCACAACCCUAAAGUAGAACCACCAUCUGAAUUGUCCAAUGUAAAGAUUCGGUGUAAAAGACGCAAGCGUGAUAUUGAGCGUUUGAGGUCAAAACUGGAGAGUGUGAAGCUUCAAUUGUCAGCAGAGAGAAAGAUUCGUGAGUCAACUGUCGAUGAGUGCAAGACACUCCGAAGUGAACUAAUGAAGGAGAAGAUAACUCACUCACGUAAAAAAACCAAGCAUCAAAUUGCUGUAGCUAGCUAAAAUUCAAUACAGGCUGCUAUACUUGUGUUGUAUCAAGUAUAGUCACUUUAUGCAUUGACUACUCAUGAUUACUCCAUACUAUAACAAUCACAUCACAUGAUGAAUACCGCAAGAAUAAUAAUACAAUAGC